AGAAAGCAGCUCGGAAACGAUCAGCUGCUUCUGUCUGAGCUUUAAUUCACCACACCGAGGAGGAAACUGUCUGCAUCAGCUGCAGGAGGUGAGAAUCCUGUUUAACAGCCACUGCAUGAGAGAAACGUUGCAGAACUGAAACAAGAUGAACUCCUCGGAUAAUUUCACAGACGACUAUUAUUACGACGACCAUCCUUUUUAUGAACCGUGUUCUUCCAGUGACAACGGUGUGAACGUUGUGGUUGGUCCUUACAUUCACUCCAUCAUCUGCAUCCUGGGCUUGGUGGGGAACAGCCUGGUCAUCCUCACCUAUGCCCUCUACAAGAGAACCAAAUCCAUGACUGACGUCUACCUGCUCAAUGUGGCCAUCGCUGACCUGCUGUUCGUGCUGGCUCUACCUUUCAUCGUCUACAACGAGCUGUACUCUUGGCCGAUGGGGCAGGUGGCCUGUAAGCUGCUGCGUGGUUCCUACAGCGUCAACCUGUACAGCGGCAUGCUAAUGUUAGCCUGCAUCAGCACCGACCGCUACAUCGCCAUCGUCCAGGCUCGGCGGAGCUUCAGGUUACGCUCAGUGUCACACAGUCGCAUCAUCUGUGCCCUGAUCUGGAUGUUUGCCUUACUGGUGUCUGUUCCCACUUUCCACUUCUACCAUUGGUACGAACCAUCACAUAAUAACAUCGUCUGGUUCAACGGCACCGAAGAGGAAGAGACAACAGAUCCACAGUACGUCUGUGAGUGGAAAUUUGAUGACAGUAAUACUGCUAGCAUAGUGAAGGUUGGUGUUCCCAGCACCCAACUGGCCAUUGGCUUCUUCCUGCCGCUGCUCAUCAUGAUCUUCUGCUACACCGCAGUCAUCAUCACCCUGCAGAAAGCCAGAAACGUCCAGCGACAGAAAGCGGUCCGAGUGGUGAUGGUGGUGGUGCUGGUCUUCAUCGCCUGCCACUUGCCUUACAACCUGGCCCUGUUGUAUGACACCGUCAGUUAUUACGAACAUCGUGAUUGUCAUGCUGAGUCUUCACUGCGUAAGGCGAUGUCUGUGCUGCAGACCGUCGCCUACCUGCACUGCUGCCUGAACCCGCUGCUGUACGCCUUCAUCGGAGUGAACUUCAGGAGCCACUUCAGGAGGAUCUUCCAGAAUCUCUGCUGUGUGGGUAAGGGGUACAUCGCCCCGCGCCGCUUAUCCAGGGUCACCUCAGAUAUCUACAUGUCCACAAUUCGCCGCUCGGUUGACGGGUCCAGCAGAACCAGCACAUCUUUUCUUACGUGAAGAUGUUUGUGUCAGAAGCUCUGAUCUUGCCAUGGAGGCCUAUAAACGGCAAACAUGACAUGAAAAUUAUUUUUAUUCUCAAGCACAGUUCAGCUACAAGAUGUUAGACUUAGAAAGGACUUAAAAAAUAAAAAAUAAACUUCUUUAUCUGUGUCAAUUGUUGCUCAGUUUUCGCUUUUCCAUCCAAUAACGUAAAUUUAGGGACCUAGGCAUAUUUGAAAACUCACCAGUUUUCAACACAUUCUUCCCUCACAUGAAAGGUUUUUAAUGGAACCAAAAGUGGUUGUGGCCAAACUGCUCAACGUUUAAUCAGCCAAACGGUACAUUGUAGAGAUUUGAAACUUAUGUAGGUAGAUGCUCCAAAAAUCAAGUAAAUAAAUUCUCUUAAAUAUGUCCUGAAAUGUACAGGGAGGUUGCUGUUCUGGGUAAUUUCAGCUACUUUUCACAUUUAAACAACUCAAACCUUGGAGUCCUCCUCCAAAGGUUUUGAGCUAUUGGCUUCAGCUUCUCUCAGUAUGCAGUUAAAAAAUGGGAGAUUAAAAGUUAUCAAAAUCUUGAGUUUUUGGGCAUGUCUAGGGGAAGUGGCCAAAUUGCGACCUUGGCAUGCUCACCAAAUCAAAGGAAAUGCCAGAACUUUCACAAAGAAGACUGAAUUACACCAAACCUAGUCCGAGUCAUGCAGGUUGUAUACUCGGUACUAUGUGGCUGUUCGCUGACAUCAUCACCCUGUGUUCAUACGUCUGGCUCUAAACGUUUCAGUCGAUCUGCUCCACAUUCGAUAUGAUCAGUCCUCAUCCUAAUAUUUAGUGGGUGUGGCCUAAUUCAUCCCCCUACAAUAUUUUAAAAAAUCAAACCCAAUCCAUGCUUUGAUCAGCAAUAAUGAAAUUUGGUAUAUAUGUGUAACUUCCCGCAGGAAGUUGGCCAUUUUGGAUCAAAGUCACCAUUUUGUCUCUUUUGCACAUGUAUCUAAGCAAACUCCUCCCACUGCUUUUUUUGUGCUUGUUUUGCAUGUGGGCGUGGCCAAGCCUCAGUCUGACCAUUCACCCAGUGUGUGAUGAAGCUGACACUCCCAGCUUCAUCACACUUUGUGUCGUAGCCGACCAGCAGUCGUCUCAUUAAGACAGUCAGAUGUGACAUCAUUUUAGCUCCGCCCCCUUCCAAAACGAAGUCACUUAUUUAGCUGCUGAACGUUUUCCUUUUGGAUUUGGACUCGUACAGAUUUUAACCUGUCUGGUGUCAGAACAUCAUGAUGCUGAAUCCGUCUCUCAACGCUGGUGGCUGAACCAAUCUGGGCCUGGCGGAUUGGCAAAUUCUAAUCCUUUGCAGUUUGCAUCCGAUUGGCACUAAAUCACACAAGCAUUGUCUGAUUUGCGCCAAACUGGAUAUGUAUGACCUGUGUUAACCUCCAACGAUGCCAGGAGGAUUAUACUGGAAUCUGACUCCAGUGCGCCCCCUGGAACAGAUACAGCAUCUGGUCUGUACCAGAUUGAUUGUGCGCCAUCAGGGAGCACAGCUGCACACAUUGGUGUGGUGGUUUGGUGACAUGACUUAAGCCCCGCCCACUCACUGGACAAACUGGUGACUUCCCUGUGUAUGACAUGAAAGUCUAUCCACUAACAUAAUGUGUUCAAAAGCCGACAGGAAGUCCUCGCCAAUAUAUCGUGAAACAGGAAGUGACAAUCAAUCACUCCUGCCAGUUUGAGGCCCAACUUUAAAGACCUGCUGCUGGACUCAUACUGAACUGGACUGAAGGCGAUUUGGGAGAUUGGCCAAACACACCACCUGGUGGACAUGCGCGUGAAUUACAUGAGCGUGUUCAUGAUGCUGUGUUAAUGUUGCUGAGAUAUUAUUUAGUUAUUGCAUAAAUAAUGAAAUCUCUACAACCUGCAUUAUUAUUAUGUCUACAUGUAACAAUAUUAGUUGUUUAUCAUUUUAAGUUGUCGUUUCUUCUGAUGAAGUCAUUGUUUUGUUAACGUUCAUGUAUGUUUGGAUUCACUGUGACAGAAAAAUAAACCCCAACAUAAUCCCACAGGCAGAUGCUGCCACCACCGUGCUUCACUUUGGGUUUGCUGCCAUCUUGGAAUGAAAGUUCAGAUUUGGUCUCAGCAGACCAAACACAUCCUUCUUCCAGAUCUGAGGUUAUUUUAGAGGUUUCCUUGGCAACAGUGGCAUCUGAUUCGUAAUGUCUGGUUUUGAUUGUGUCGCUCCUGUCUCAUGUUUUCUCACAUUAUUGUCUUUAAUGUCCAGAUUUAUGAAUAAAUACUGUUUAUUGUCUCGUGGCCUGUAACAGUGACGCCUCCUGUUGCUCUGCAGCAUCUCUGCUCUCAGCUUUUCAACAAAUAGAAAAUAUUAGGACAGCAAAGCUUUAUGUCCAGUUCAUCAGCUUCACCAUGACGGCAGGCUGACCUCAGGGAGACGCAGUUAAAACUGAAUAAAACGGAUUUUAAUAAAAUCUCAGCUUAAAUGUGUGAAUGAGGGAAAAGCUGCUAUAAAAUAUCGUUACUGUUCUGGUUAUAGAUUUAGGCUCCAAAAACUGGCUAAUUUCUUCAAACUGGAAUUUUUUUUAACUUAAAGUACAUCUUUAUAAAUAAAACUUGUGUUUUUAUUACUGUUGAUGAUUUUGUCUGUUUUUCUUGUUCAUUUGUUGAAUUUGUAUAACAUGAGGAUGUUUUAUAUGUUUGUUUCUUCGUCUUUUUCUCCUUCGGUUUCUGUUUUCUGCUCAAACUUCAUCAGCCUUGGAUUCAGUUUUAAGGAUUAAACUCUGAACUUGUUGCCAAAUUUGAAGCUUUUAUUUUGCUGCUAAAUGUUUAAGGAGUUCAGAACGUCUGAGGCACUGAUGUUACACUUCAGGUAACGUUUAUAUGUGUUUGAAUGUUACCAUGGAGAUGGAGCUAAAAUCUGCAUAUCUGAGAUUUUAAG